AUGCCUGCUGGCCAUCUCUGGGGCCCUGCCACGGGCCCCGGUGGCAAGCGCGUGACCAUCGUGGCGGGCGUCUGCGGCAACGCCCGCGCCCUCUGCACCGCGCUCACCACGCUGCUCGGCACCGGCGGCACGGUGCACCCGCGCGGGGCGCAGAGGGCCGACGUGGAGGUGCAGGGCGAGCAGGUGGAGCGCGUGGGGAAGGCCCUGUCGCAGUUGGGUUGCUUGCGCGGGCUGGCCGGCGAGAAGGCUGGCGGCGCGGUGGCAUUGGUGGCGGAGCGGGACUGCGGCUACGACGAGUUCCUCCGCCGCACCGAGCCCCGCAGCAAGGCCCGGCACGCCAAGGCGCAGGGGCCAGACGCCAAGCUCCCGGAGCCGCCAGAGGACGCCCCGUGCCGCAAGUGGCACGGCUUCUGGCUCUACUGCACCGGCGCAUGCGAGCAGCGGCCGCGGCCCGCCCCGGGGCCGGCGGCGAGCGGGCCCCAGCGGGUGGCGGCCCAGGACGGGCAGCUCGUCUGCGAGGAGCCCGGCGGCGCGGAAGGCGAGGGCAUGUGUACGCAUGAGUGCGGCGCCACCUUCGGGCAGCGGCGCACGCUCGAGCUGCACCGCCGGCAGCACCGCGCGGAGCGGCAGCAGGAGGAGGCCCAGCCGCGGCACCCCCCCGCCGCCGCGGCCGGCGCUGCGUUCGCUCCGAGCGGAGGCGGAGACUCCUGGCGCUACGACGGGGCCUACAACUCCAGGGAGGCGGCGCUCGAGGAGGAGAGCGCAUGGGGACUCCUGGGCAACACCGCGGGUGCCGCCGCGGACGACGACGACGGCGUCGACGCCGUGGCGGCCACGUACCUGGCGAACAGGCGGGACGCCCCCUCGCUGGCGUCGUUCAUCGAGGCCUCCCUUCAGCCUGCCGGCGUGCAGCGCCGGCGCAGGGCCCCUCCGCAGGCUCCGCUGGCCGGCACGGAGGAGGUGGCCUGCCCCGUGUGCGGCGGGCUGGUGGCGGCCGCGGAGAUGGACCGACGAGCACCUCGACCUGUGCCUGGCGACCGCCGCCUCGGCCUCCGCCGCCUCGGCCUCCGACCUGUGGCCCGGGCCCGCCGGCGGCGCGGCCGUGGGCGCCGAGGAGGAGUUGCCGGCGGAGCUGCUGGAGAGCUUGCUCGAGCUCGACCUCUCCGAGGAGGCGGGGCGGUUCUUCUGGGAGCGCUACGAGGAGGAGGCCGCCCUGGCGCAGGCGCCGGCGCGCGAGGCCUUCCUCUCGGCUCUGGAGCGCACGCUCGCCGCCUUCGGAGGCGCAGAAGAGCAGGGCGGCGGCGGGCGCGGCUGGGACAACGGCCCGGGCGCGCGGGAGCUCGCAGGCGGGAGCCCGCAGGUGGACCUCGUCACGUGCCCGGUCUGCGCCCUUCAGGUGCCAGCCGACGCCGUGGAGGCGCACGUGGACCUGUGCCUCGGGGGCGGUGGAGGCCAGCAGCCCACGGCAGCGCCGCGCGGUGCCGCCGAGCCAGCGGCCGCGGCGCGCGAUGCCGCGGCCGCCGCUGCCGCG